AUGUUGGGAAAGGGAGAGGUUGUGUGUGAUGGGGUGUUGGGGUGGUGUGUGUGGGUGUGUGUUUGGGGGGGGGUUGGGGGUGGGUUUUUUGGUUGUUUGGGGGGUGGGGGGGUUGGGUUGGGGUGUUGGGGUUGGGGGGGGGGGUGGGUGUGUUGGUGGUUUGGUGGUUUUGGUUGUGGGGGUUGUGGGGGGGGGGUUGUGGUGGGGGGGGGGUGUUGGGGGGGGGGUGGGGUUGGUUUGGUUGGGGUGUUUGUUGUUUUGGGGUGGUUGGUUUGGGUGUUGGUGGUGGGUGGUGGGUUGUUGGGGGUUUGUGGGGUUGGUGUGUUUGUGGUGUUUGUUUUGGGGGGGGUGGGGUGUUGGUGUGGUUGGGGUUGGUGUGUUUUGGGGGUUGUUGGGGGGUUUUGGGUGUUGGGGUUGGGGGGGGUUGUUGGGGUGGGGUGGGGGUGGGGGGUUGGGGGGGGUUGGGGGUUGGGGUGGGUUGUGGUGUGUUGGUUGGGGUGGAGUUUUGGGGGUUUGGGGGUGUGUGUGGUGGGUUGGUUGGGGGGUUGGGUUUGGAUUGGGGGGUGUUGUUGGUGGGGGUGGGGGGGGUUGUGUUGUGUUGUUGGUGGUUUUGUAGUGUUUUUUUGUAUGGUUUUGGUGGGUUUUGGUGUUGGGUUUGGGGAGGGGGGGUUGUUUUUUUUGGGUUGA